AUGAUAGACAUACUGCGUGCUAGUUUACCGCCUGACUUGGCCAACUUCACGUCCUUCCAGGAAGUUCUGGAAUAUGACGUUGAAAACUCUAGAGCAGAGUGCAAGAGAGUAUUGGACCAACUGACUUCAACUAGGAAGUUGCUCUACAAUGUCAAGGUGUUACAGAGCCUGCGUAGCGAAGGCAGAGCCCAUGUAAAUGUGGGAAAUUCAACCUUUAUCCCAUCGAGAAUGAAGGGGGACUCCAUAUUGGUAUCAUUGGGGUAUCAGUUUUAUUUGGAAAUGACUCUACAAGAAGCUGAAACCUACUACAACGAACGUAUAAAAUUAAUUUGGGCGUAA